AUCGAGCCGCCUUGGACGAUAAGGCGUUCACCAAGGAGCUGGACCAGUGGGUCGAGCAGCUGAACGAGUGUAAACAGCUUAACGAAAACCAAGCGCGGACGCUGUGCGAAAAGGCUAAAGAAAUUCUAACAAAAGAAUCAAAUGUGCAAGAGGUUCGUUGUCCUGUUACUGUUUGUGGAGAUGUGCACGGUCAAUUUCAUGAUCUUAUGGAACUCUUUAGAAUUGGUGGGAAAUCACCAGAUACAAACUAUUUAUUCAUGUGUGACUACGUGGACAGAGGUUAUUAUUCAGUGGAGACUGUCACACUUCUUGUAGCAUUAAAGGUCGGUUAUCCAGAACGCAUUACAAUAUUGAGAGGAAAUCAUGAAAGCCGACAAAUUACCCAAGUAUAUGGCUUUUAUGAUGAAUGUCUACGAAAAUAUGGGAAUGCCAAUGUUUGGAAAUAUUUUACUGAUCUAUUUGAUUAUCUUCCACUUACAGCUUUAGUAGAUGGACAGAUAUUCUGCCUCCAUGGUGGCCUCUCUCCAUCCAUAGACACACUGGAUCAUAUAAGAGCCCUGGAUCGUUUACAGGAAGUACCACAUGAGGGCCCAAUGUGUGAUCUGUUAUGGUCAGAUCCGGAUGAUCGUGGUGGGUGGGGUAUUUCACCCCGUGGUGCUGGCUACACAUUUGGACAAGACAUUUCUGAAACAUUUAACCAUGCCAAUGGCCUCACUCUGGUUUCUUGUGCUCACCAGCUUGUAAUGGAGGGAUACAAUUGGUGUCAUGAUCGGAAUGUGGUUACAAUUUUCAGUGCACCCAAUUACUGCUAUGGUUGUGGGAAUCAAGCUGCUAUCAUGGAAUUAGACGACACUUUAAAAUAUUCCUUCCUUCAGUUUGACCCAGCACCUCGUCGAGGAGAGCCUCACGUUACAUGGUGCACCCCAGACUAUUUCCUGUAAAUUCCUCCUGAGGAAACCUGCCUUUGUCUGUGGAAGUAUACCUGGCUUUUU